AUGCAAUUUGCUGUUCAUUGUAAUUUUGGCACCAAUCUUACAAGGGCAUUACGAGAUCAAUUUGUUGUGGGCGUUCGAAGUAGAAGUACUAGAAAGAAACUCCUUUCUGAAGACAGGACAUUUGACCAAGCACUAUACGUUGCCCAAGCAGAUGAGCUAGCAGAGAAAGAAUCGAAAGAAUUGCUUCUCAGUGCCGAAAGAACGGAAGCCCCACAAGUCCACAGUAUAUCAAACAAGAAGAAAUAUUCAUUCAAAGGCGGGGAUGCAAACAAGGCAAAAUAUUUUGAGCAAGGGAAACUUGUUUCAGAUGUGGAUCUACACAACAUUUGGCGGACAAGUGCAGCCAUACAUAUACAACAUGUAACUAUUGCAAAAAGUGGGACACUUAGCAAAAGUAUGUUUCAAGGAAAAGAAGGCAGAAAGCAAUGCCAAAGCACAUAACAUUGUAGCAACACCUACUGAUGAAUCUAGUGACAGUGUUGGUGAUCUGGAUUCUGUUAACGGUACACCAGUAACUAUAUUUAUACAGAGUGUAAAUUCUGUGGGACAAAAAUACAAAUUGGGAGUGAAUAUUAACGGCCGAGAAGUCUCCAUGGAAAUUGAUACUGGACGUUCAGUACCAUUAUUAAAUUCUAGUGAUUUAGAAAGAAUGGGUGGUAACACAAAAUUGAAACCUGCUACAGUGCUAUUUAUAAGUUAUACUGGAAACGAAAUCAAGUGUUAUGGAGAAGACAACAUGAAAGUCAAAGUGGGUGAACAAGUAAGUGAUAUAAAAAUUCGAGUUGUUGAAGGACCAUCACUACUAGGACGCGUUACUAUGACUAAAUUUAGACUACCGUGGCAUAACAUUUUCAGUGUUGUUCCUACCACUGCAGAGGAUAUUAUACAGCAAUAUCCUGAACUUGUUGAUGAAAGAAAAGCAGGAAAACUGAAGGGGUACGUACAAGUGUCAUUAAGAGUAAAUGAUGAUAUCCCAGUGUUUAUGAAACCCAGAGUGGUACCUUUUGAAAAGGUAGAGCACAGCUCGGAGUGGUCUUCGCCGACUGUUCCUGUGAUUAAGCCUAAUGGCAAUAUAAGGAUCUGUGGAGAUUAUUCUGGUACAAUUAACCUGGCAACUACAUAUAUUAGAACAAUAUCCAGUACCUACACUUGAAGAGUUAUUAAGCAACCUUUUAGGGGGGAAGAAAUUUACCAAACUUGGUCUUUCGCAGGCAUACCAUCAAUUAGAACUCACCCCUGAAAGUAGGAAGCACACAACAAAAAUACGCAUCACGGGUUAUACCAGUAUAAACAGUGCGGUGUACAUUUUCCAACGUACCAUAGAAAAUGUACUCAAUGGUCUUCAGGGUGUUGUGUUCGGAUUGAUGAUAUCUUGGUAACAGGUGAAACUGAUGAGAUUCAUAUGGAGAAUUUGCAUCGUGUUCUGUAA